CAAGUUUUGAAACGUCCUCAUGGGCGCGCUCUCUCGCAAAAUGAAAGAGUUUCCCAUCUUAUUAUCUAUGGCCCAUACUGCGGUUAUAAAAUAAGUUGAAUUAAUAUUCAUAGGUGACAAAAAAUAUGGUUCUCCUUCGAGGAUGGAGGUACGUGGCUUUCAUUUCUUGCAUUGUCGGCGGAGUUGGCGCAGCGCUAUACCCGAUUAUAGUGGAACCAAUGAUAAAUGUCGAAAAGUACAAAGAGUUGCAAAAACAUACCCGCGCUGGAAUUAAACAAGAGGAUAUUCAGCCUGGAAAUAUGAAGGUUUGGUCUGAUCCAUUUGGACGUAAAUAACAACACAUCUUAGUAUAAUAUUGUUAAAAUAAAAACAUUUCAACAUACAUACA